CUAGACACCUUAGCAUUGGGGACCCGGACCAGACGGUCUGUGUUGAUGUCUGAGUUCGAUGACAAAUUGAGCUCUCAAAAUAAGUUAUUUUGUUGGCUAGAUUGUAACGGUAACGUGUUGUAGUUCACAAAUAGUUACACGUAGUUGUAUGCGAUAUGGUAUGCAACUGUUGAAUUGCCUUUUGAAGCCAGGGUUACGUUAACAUUAUAAGUGAACACAUACAGUAACCCGAGCACCUCUGUAGUGUGCUAACAGGCUUGCUAGCUUUGCGGAAACCAAACGAAUCUAACGUAGUGAAACCAUGGGGAACCGGGGGAUGGAGGAAUUGAUCCCCCUGAUCAAUCAACUUCAGGAUGCUUUCAGUUCAAUUGGACAGAGCUGUAACUUGGACUUGCCCCAGAUAGCUGUGGUCGGUGGACAAAGCGCUGGAAAAAGCUCUGUUUUGGAAAACUUCGUUGGAAGGGACUUUCUUCCUCGUGGGUCCGGCAUCGUCACUCGCAGGCCUCUUGUUCUGCAGCUGGUCAACAAUAAAGCAGAGUAUGCCGAGUUCUUGCACUGUAAGGGUAAGAAGUUUGUGGACUUCGAGGAGGUGCGGUCGGAGAUCGAGGCAGAGACGGACCGCAUCACAGGCAGCAACAAGGGCAUCUCUCCCAUCCCCAUCAACCUCAAAGUCUUCUCUCCUAAUGUUUUGAAUCUGACCCUUAUUGACCUUCCGGGGAUGACGAAGGUCGCGGUGGGGGACCAGCCGGUGGACAUUGAAUUCCAGAUCAGGGACAUGCUGAUGCAGUUCAUCACCAAGGAGAGCUGCCUCAUCCUGGCCGUCACGCCCGCCAACCAGGACCUGGCCAACUCGGACGCACUCAAGAUCGCCAAGGAGGUCGACCCGCAGGGGCUGCGCACUAUUGGCGUCAUCACCAAACUGGAUCUGAUGGACGAAGGGACAGACGCCAGAGAUAUCCUGGAAAACAAACUGCUCCCUCUGCGCAGGGGCUACAUUGGGGUGGUGAACCGCAGUCAGAAGGACAUUGAUGGUAGAAAGGACAUCAAAGUUGCGCUGGCGGCCGAGAGGAAGUUCUUCCUGUCUCACCCGAGCUACAGACACAUGGCUGAGCGCAUGGGCACCCCUCACCUGCAGAAGACCCUCAACCAGCAAUUGACCAACCACAUCCGUGACACGCUGCCUGGCCUACGUAGCAAGCUGCAGUCUCAGCUCCUCUCCCUGGAGAAGGAGGUGGAGGAGUUCAAGAACUACAGGCCUGACGACCCCACCCGCAAGACUAAGGCUCUCCUGCAGAUGGUGCAGCAGUUCGGAGUGGACUUUGAGAAGCGCAUUGAGGGCUCCGGGGACCAGGUGGACACUAAGGAGCUGUCGGGGGGAGCCAAGAUCAACCGCAUCUUUCACGAGCGCUUCCCCUUUGAGCUGGUCAAGAUUGUGUUUGACGAGAAGGAACUGAGGAAGGAGAUCAGCCACGCCAUCAAGAACGUCCACGGUGUCAGAACGGGCCUGUUCACUCCUGACCUGGCGUUCGAAGCCAUCGUGAAAAAGCAGAUCGUUAAGGUGAAAGAGCCCUGUAUCAAAUGUAUCGAUCUGGUCAUUCAGGAGCUCAUCAACACAGUCAGGGAUUGCACCAGCAAGCUCUCCUCGUACCCCAGACUGCGAGAGGAGACGGAGAGGAUCGUCACCACCCACGUCAGGGACCGAGAGAGCAAGACCAAGGACCAGGUUCUCCUGCUUAUCGACAUCGAGCUGUCAUACAUCAACACCAACCACGAGGACUUCAUUGGCUUUGCUAACGCACAGCAGAGGAACACCCAUGCAAACAAGAAGAGGGCCAUUCCUAACCAGCUAGGUGGCUUCGGUGAGGCCGAAAAGGAAAAGGUGAUCCGGAAAGGCUGGCUCACCAUCAACAUCAGCAUCAUGAAAGGAGGCUCCAAGGAGUACUGGUUCGUCCUGACUGCCGAGUCGUUCUCCUGGUACAAGGACGAGGAGGAGAAGGAGAAGAAGUACAUGCUGCCUCUGGACAACCUGAAAAUACGAGACGUGGAGAAAGGCUUCAUGUCCACUAAGCACAUUUUUGCUAUCUUCAAUACUGAGCAAAGGAACGUGUACAAGGACCUGCGCCAGAUCGAGCUGGCCUGCGACUCCCAGGAGGACGUGGACAGCUGGAAGGCCUCGUUCCUCAGGGCAGGCGUCUACCCAGAGAAGGAUCAGGCGGACCAGGAGGAUUCUGGGCCGACCGAGUCCUUCUCCAUGGACCCGCAGCUGGAACGGCAGGUGGAGACCAUCAGGAACCUAGUGGACUCCUACAUCGGCAUCGUCAACAAGACCGUCCGCGACCUCAUCCCCAAAGCCAUCAUGUACCUCAUGAUCAACAGCGCUAAGGAGUUCAUCCACUGCGAGCUGCUCUCCUACCUGUACAGCUCGGGCGACCAGAACAGCCUGAUGGAGGAGUCGGCGGACCAGGCCCAGCGGCGCGACGAGAUGCUGCGCAUGUACCACGCCCUCAAGGAGGCGCUCAAGAUCAUCGGCGACAUCAGCACCACCACCAUCACCGUGCCCCUGCCCCCGCCCGUCGACAGCGGCUGGAUAAGCCCCAGCCCCACUCCUCCGCCCACCAGUCGCCCGGCCGUGGCGGCGCACCACCCCAACAGGCCCCCUGCGGUGCGUGGUCCCACCCCGGGGCCGCCCACCCUGAUGCCCACCCCGGCCCCGCCCAUCCCCUCUCGGCCCGGCCCGCCCAUCAACGCCUUCAGCAACAACAGCGCCCUGGACCCGUUCAGCGCCCCUCCUCAGAUACCCUCGCGGCCCGCUCGCGUGCCCCCCGGCGUGCCCAGCCGAAGACCCCCGGGCGCCCCCCACCGGCCCACCAUAAUCCGCCCGGCCGAGCCCUCCCUGCUCGACUAGGCCCAGGCCUGGAGCAGGAGCAGGGGGGCCAGCCAGGGCCCUGCAGCCCCAGCCGGAGAGGGGGCCGUGAGCUCCCGAAAAAAAAAAACAUGCGUGCAUGUGUUUUUUUGUUUUGUUUUUUUUUCCUUCUCACUUGAUGCAUCCAGCUUGACGAGUAGACCUAAUGUUGUAGCCCAGCCCUGUUCUCCCAGUAUUGGAAAGCUGCUAAUAUCCAUCUUACUUAUUCAAGUCUGGGGAAGGAGAGAGAGAGAUAGAGAGAAAGAGAGAGAGAGGGAGAGGAUCAAUGAUGAAUAAAUGAAAGAGGGAAACACAGGGUCUGCAUGUGAGUGGAGAACAGGUGUUUUGGGUUACUCGGAGUAACAAGCUGAUGUGUUUGUGAUGCUCAUGAAUGCUGUGGACUUCAUUCUGAAUUUUGAGACGCUUUCUCUCUUUUUUUUUUUUUUUUUUGGCAAAUGUUUUUAAUUUUAUGUAUGCGCGUGCGUGUUCAGAGAAUGGGCCACAAGGGGGCACUCUCUCUGAACCUCCUGAAAGAGUUGAAAGAGUGGGCCUUUGGCAUCAUUUUGAAGUGAGGUGUUUUAUUUUUUAUUUUAUUUUAUUUUAUUUUAUUUUUAUUUUUUAUUUUUAAAAUAGGGAACUCUGCAGGCGCUUCUUUACUCUAAUGCAGGCUACCCUCUCGCUCUCCCUGUAAAUUAACCACCCCCGAGCCCAACCUUUAAACCUCAUCCGUGUGUAUUGUACAAACUCAUCCUGUGGUUCCUUUCUACAAGGUUUUCUAUAAUCUCAAAUAGGUUGCCAUUGCUGUUUAUUGUCGCUGAUGUGUUUAGGGGUGGCUUUUAGAGUGCUCUUUGAGUGCAGGGAGACGUAAUAACUUAGUCUAGUUUUGACCAACGACCAACCUUUAAGCUCUUCAGAGACCGGCCUCCGUGCUGCAUUCAGUAAACUUUGGGCAACACUUCACAAUAACAAGAUUAAGCUUCUUUAGUGAAUUACACAUUUAUGAGUUUAUAUGGUGUCAUUAUCUAAUGAUGAACAUGUGGGAAAUAUGUACAUGAUUAGUUAACAUUCUAAAAUAAAAAAUAUUCUUAUUACUCUUGUUAUAAAUAGUUUGGUUUAUAAUGUAAUGGCAUUAUGUUCAAAAAUCAUUUCAUUAUUUUAAGCAUUAAACUUCAUGGGUUUUGAAGCACUAAAGCUAUCAUUUGAUCAUUUAAAGAUCUGUGAACAAAUUACAAUGUUACUUAAGUACCAUCAAACGCAGUUUUGAAUAUUUGCUCAUCGAUACUGCAGGAGUCACCUAAAGUCCUGUUUCGAAAAUAUUUUUUGUGGGAUGCGUAGAGAACUGAAUGGCCCAUAUAAUUCCGUAGAGAGCACUUAAUCCAUACAGGAGUUGGUCCAUACCUGAGUGGAGACCGGAUGUGUGUAGUUGGGUGGGUGGGUGCCUUUUAUCUUAAAAACUCCUGAGGUGAAAAUGGAUGAACGUUAGAAACACUGGACCAUGUAAGGCAUGCAUGGAGAAAUAGCAAUAAGGUUUUGUUUUUUGGGUCUCCUCUCAUUAUUAUUUUUUUUUUUUCAAUCGAUCCCCGUUUAUUUUCGGAGUCGUUCGCAGCUGUACAGUAGGCGACCGAUCUCCAAGAGACGUCAUUUUCCUAAACGAACAUUAGUCCACGUAGGCCGUGCUAAAGAUGAGUCAUCGAGGAAGUCGUUCUGUAGCCACCGUUCUGUUUUAAUAAUUUCGGUGUGAUUACUAAUAGAAACACUAACAUAACUGUUAAUGGGUGACUAGGGAACUGGGGAAACCACAGAUUGCAAUGUGGAAAAAAGUAUUAUUUAUAUCCUGGGCAUUUGUGAUUAAUGUUUUAGAUGUGGUGAAAUGAGCUGAUGUUGUUGUUUUUCUCUUCCAUCCUUGUCGAGGGAAAAAGACAAUGGUUUUUCUUAGAAUAACUCCCCAGGAUCUCCAGAACUGUUUGAUGCACAAAACCAACACAGUUUUUUUGCAGAAUUCUUGGGCGAGGUAGAGAAACAUGGGGAGAGAGAGCCUGCACAGAACUGGUGGCCUGUUUCCGUUUUGGUGUUCUUUUAUGAAUAUAUUGUCGUUGCAUUAUAUUUUUUGCCGGGUGAUUUCUAUUUGAUGCCUUUUUAGGGAGUGCAGGGUGUUACCCCAACCACCCACACAUACCCACUGUCCCAACACGAGAAUAGGUUAUGCGUGUCUUUGAAUGGGAUGUGCACUAGGAGAGGAGGAGGAGGAGGUCGGGGUUCACAUCUUUUCUUUUCUUGUUUCAUUUUGUUGAUCCUCACUGAAUGAGCUGCCUGUAAAUAUGAUGAUCCCCUGAGUUCAUCUGUGUGGCCUCGUUACUGAAAGCGGACGCCCACACAUGACUAACCUGAGUCAGUGGGAAAGGAGGAAAGUGAGUAAGUAGCUCAGCAUGCAAAUGACUGGAGCUCACCGAGACACCAACGCACCAGGCAGAAGGUGUUCCCUUCACCUCCCGUCGCCCUCCGUAGCAGCCCCAACGUCCUCCCCUCCAGGGUCUGGCCUGACCGCGGGGGGAUGGGGGGGGGGGGCGGGCGACCUUGGCGAACGGCUAACGGCUAACCGCUAACAACGCUGCAUAGUGCGAUCGGGCCCGCCACACGUGUCCGUUCGCCCACGUUGACGCCUGAUCUUUUAUGACACCCGUUUUGAAGCGGAGUCUUUAUCCUUAUUUGACCGCAGAAAAAAAAAACUUAAAAUCUGUUUCGCCGUCUGUGUUCCAUGGCACUGUUGCCAUGCGUCUACCCAACCACCCACCUGCCCGCCCGCCCGCCCAUCUCCACGGCAACACCUUCCUGCACUCGGUGCAUUCGGCUGUGGUUGUGACUCAGCCAGCCGCUGUCUUUGCCCACCUCUGCUCUGCCUCCCGUCUCUGUACUUCCGAAACCUCCCUCCGUCCUCCUCCUCCUCCUCUCGGUCUCCGUGUGGCGUUCGUUGUGGAGGAUCGAGGGGGAGGACCGAGAGUUGAGGCAGAGGACGGGAGCCGGAGACAUGGAGACAUGGAGAACCCAACAGGUUGUUCUUUAUUUUGUGUUCUAUUGACACUACAAAAACCCUUGUUAUAAGUGCCUCUGUAGCGAUUAAUGGACUUCCAAAUAAACGGUCUCAGAACUGAAGCUCA